AUGAGUAUUUCUUUAGAGACAGCUGCACUUAUUGAUGGAUUAUUAUUGUGUUUUUUUUAUUUAGUAAUACUUAUAUUUACUAUUAUUAAUAAUUGUUUGAGAUUUGGAAAAGGACUUAAAAUGAGAGGUUUUGAAAACAAAUCAUGUCUUGGACCAAGAAUGGUAUUUAGAAUUGGAAAUUACUAUACUAUUUUAGAUGGUUUAUUAAUGGGUAUUGGAUGUUUAAUAUAUUAUGGAAUGGGGGUUAAUUCAUUUAAUUUUUAUAUGUAUUAUGAAUUAUUAGAUAUAGGAUGUGUCUAUGGAAUAUUAUUUACAUUUUUCUUUACAAUAACUACUGUUAAAAAUCAAUUAUCAAAAUUAUUACCAAAUAACAAAAGUUCAUUAACAAAAUGGUUUGAUGGAAUUAAUUCAUUUAAUAUUGGAUUUAGUGUAUGUACUAUUGUAUCAAAUACUGUAUUAUUAAUUUAUUGUGAAAUAUUAUGGCAACAUCAAGGAUGCUUUGUAAGUUUGUUAAUUCUUUUAUUAUAA